AAUUUACAUAUAAACUGCUGUAUAAAGGUCUUCUUUUUUAUUCAAAUACGGUUUGGCCUUUCAACUUCAAGCUUCCCCUUUGCUAAUCUUACCUAAAAGUAAACUCAGAGCUCCAUCAUCAAGCUAUCAACUAAAAAUAAAAAUAAAUGAAUACUAUUCAGCAAUAUUAGGAAAGUAAGGAUGGGGAAAGGAAUAUUCUUUCAAUAAUUAGCUACAAUAACAACUGUUAGGGAAGGUCUCCAUGAAAACUAAUGCGAGAAGAUGUACUGAUGCCUCUAUGAAACCUUCCCUACUCCGCCACCGCACUCCAAACUCACACCCACGCUGAUGCCAAUGCCACUCCAGAAAGUAUCUUAGGCAAAGUGGAAGAGAUGUGCUUGAUUUCCAUCUGGCUUCCCGCCAGUUGUGUGGUCUCCACUACUUUUUUGAUCAAAGUUCAAAGGGACCGAAGGUGGAGUUGAUUGUAACUCUCUUAACAGAUAUAGGUGCAGUGGAAAGGAUCAAAUUUUGGUAGCUUUAAUGGCCAGGAGGCUGUGUAUGUAUAGCUGCCUUUCCCUUGCACAAGUUUUUGGCAGACUGAGAAACCCUUCAAGGUUAGAAACUAUGUUUGGUUCAACUGCAAGUACUUCAACUAGUCAACUCUCUUUAUAUUUUCAAGCAUCACGAUCAUAUGCUCGUGGUGGACGUGACCAUUAUGAUCUCUUUGGCAAGAGCAAACUAGGGGAUGAGGAUUUUAGAAAAACAUGGAAGAAGGAGAUGGACGAGGAGACUUCUUUAUGGACAGGAAGUGAAGAUGAAAGUGAUCAGGAAUGUGGAAAAGACAAUCUAGAAGAAGAGAUCAGGAAGGUAAGGCAACAGGCAAAGGAGCACUCUCACUUAAUUGAUGCUGAUGAUAGUGAUGAGUUAAAAAGCGUUUGGUCUGGGAGUGAUGAGGAGAAGACUCUGUGGACAGGGACUGAAGGAGAUGACGAUGAUGAUAUUCCCACAGAAGCAUACCCAAAUGAAGCUAGUGAUAAAUAUGUUGAUAAACUGUUUGAGUUUGAGGAAACAUCAAAGUAUCGAACAAUAUCUGAACUAUUGAAGGCUGAGCAGGAACCAGAGGAGCUGUCACCUGGGAAGCAAGCUAGAAAACUUGCAGUAGAGAAUGCAUUGAAAAAAUUGAAGAAAGGGCCAGAUGGGCGUUACACCAAUGUGUGGGAGGUCAUGAGUGAUUUAGAUAUUCUAAUAGGUGCAUUUGAAAAUAUAGUCUCUGGACCAGAGUAUGCAGAGCUUAGACAGGGAGGGCCUAAGAGAUUGAAUUUGCAGUUUUUCAAGGAUAUUCAAGCACGAAUGAGAGAUCCCAAUUACAAGUUCUCACCUGAAUUAAAACUGAAACCAAAAAGCAAACUGGUUUCAAGAAGGAAAUGGCAGAAGGCACAAUCUAGGCGUAGAAAAGCACAAAAGAGAUGAGUUAACUGCUUUUUUUGUUUUCCGUUAUUUUUCUUCUUAGGACUAAGACAUUACUUUUUGAUUCAUUUAUACUUCUCCUUGAUCCGGCAAUAUAUGACUCUAAAGGGAAUUCCCUUUGUAUUUGUUCUCUAGCAUGAUAGCAAAUUCAUGUCUCUAUUAUAUUGAUCCUGGAAAUGUCAAGUAGUUCGCCUAUAAUAGCUUUGAGUUUCUAGCUACAAAUAAUUCUCAUUGACCAUGGAAAUUUUCGAAGUUAAUGUUUGUAGUGUUUCUCUUGCAUUUACAUUUGGUAUGACUUGCCCAUUCUGUUUAAUGCGGGACUCUUUUCUUCCUUAUCUUUAGUGCUUCUCUUACAAGUUUGAUGAAUGAGUGAGUGCAUUAAACAGAUACAAUAUUUGACCUUUCAAUCUGAGUCUUGCUUUCUGGUGUCAUUCAAUUACAUCAAGAAAUGGAGAGAGAGUGGGAGACAAGAAGAGUAAUUUUAUACCAAACCUCAAAAUAUCUACAUAAUAUGCUAAGAAUGUGUUUAUCUGAAUAGCUAUAUGUUUGGUAGGCUUAAUAAGAGUCAUAUUGCAUUAAAUAACAAAUUUUGUA